AUGACGGUCAUGCAUCUACCGAAGACCACAGGUGGCUUCGCGCUUCCGCACUCGCCUCCCCGCCAUUCGCGCCGCGCGUUGCUCCGCCAUCGGCGGCAGCGAUGCAUGGUUCUGCUGGUGGUCGCGUGCGUGCUCGUCGUUAUGCUGCUCUUCGUCUCGCUCCACCUGCCGUCAGUAGAUUCGCUCCUGCCACGUGGCAAGCAGGCUACUCCUUCGCCCGUGGCCCCUCAAUCCGCGCAGAAAGCUAGCAGCGUCGCAAACAACGGCUCACAGCCCUCCAUCCGCGUGGCCCUCGCCACUCUCCGCGCCGAUCCGACGUGGCAGCAGCUGCUGGAUCCCGACUCCGCGGUGCGCCAGCUCAGCGACCAGAUCAGCCUGGGGAAGGCGUAUCUGACACGCGCGCGGGAUGCGGGGGAGAGGGAGUUCGGCGAUGAGAUGGAGAGGGGCGUGCGCGCCGCAGAGGCGUUCCUUGCUCGCUCCAUUGCUAUCCCCAGCCAAGCAGUGUACAAGCAGGAGGCGCGGGCGCACAUAGCAAACAUGAGCGCUCUCAUUCUUCAGGCCAAGGAGAUGCACUAUGACAUAGCGGCGGCAAUGGCAGCGCUGAAGGAGAAAGUGGCAAAGGCAGAAGAGAAGGCCUCUAAGGCAUCCGCUCAGGCCACUCUCGCCUCUCAGGUGGUAUCAGAGUCGAUGCCCAAGCCCAUGACGUGCCUGUACAUGCGGCUGGCCAGGGAGUGGGCUCUGCAGCACGCCUCCACUGCACAUGGAGGGAUGGAGGCGGACACUCACCCCUUUCAAAUACACCACGGCCUGCCCCCGGGCACGCCCAACAACUCUCGCCUGGUGGAUGCCUCGUUGCAGCAUUUGUGCAUCUUCAGUGACAACGUGCUGGCCGUGUCUGCUGCGCUCAACUCCACUGUGCUCUCCUCCCACAACCCCUCACGGCUCGUCUUCCACAUCGUCACCGACGCCACCACCUUCCCUGCCUUCGUGGUGUGGUUCUCCCGCCACCCACCCGGCUUGGCAUCACUAGAGGUGCGGCGGGUGGAGGGCGAGAGCGGGUGGCUGAACGCGUCCUUUGCGCCCGUGCUGCGACAGAUGCAGGACGCUGCUGCCAAGAGCUUCUACUUCUCCGCUGCUGCUGCUGGCGAGGGCAGCAGCGACCCGAUCAAGUUCCGCAACCCCAAGUACAUGUCGCUGCUGAACCACCUGCGCUUCUACCUGCCGCUCCUCUUCCCCGCGCUGCACCGCAUCCUCUUCCUCGACGACGACGUCAUCGUGCAGCGCGACCUCUCUGCUCUUUAUUCCCUCCACAUGAACGGUGCCGUCAAUGGAGCAGUGGAGACGUGCAAGGGGUCCUUUCACCGCUUCCACCGCUACCUCAACUUCUCAGACACGCGGCUGAGAGGGCGCUUUGACCCUGAGGGGUGUGCGUGGGCGUAUGGCAUGAAUGUGUUCGACCUGGACGGGUGGCGGCAGGCCAAUGUGACUGCCACGUACCACUACUGGCAGGAGCAGGGGUGUGCAUGGGCGUAUGGCAUGACUGAGGGGUGUGCAUGGGCGUAUGGCAUGAAUGAGGGGUGUGCAUGGGCGUAUGGCAUGACUGAGGGGUGUGCAUGGGCGUAUGGCAUGACUGAGGGGUGUGCAUGGGCGUAUGGCAUGACUGAGGGGUGUGCAUGGGCGUAUGGCAUGACUGAGGGGUGUGCAUGGGCGUAUGGCAUGACUGAGGGGUGUGCAUGGGCGUAUGGCAUGAACCUGUUCGAUCUGGGCGGAUGGCGGCAGGCCAAUUUGACUGCCACGUACCACUACUGGCAGGAGCAGGUGAGAGUACGUUCUCUUGGGGAAGCUGUCGAAAUUUGUCUUGUUACUGUUCCCCAUGUUGCGUCAUUGGUUUUGCCUCAUCCUGCUCUUCCAGCAAAGGUAGCUGUGGCAGGAGCAGGUGAGGGGGAGGUGACAGAAAGGGCACAUAAAGCUAUGUGGUGGUAG